AGGAGGAGGAAGAGGGAGGGCUAGGGCCGCGCCCGCCGUCCUCCCCCCUGGCAGGCGACGAGCCCGACGGCGACCGCGACCUCGCGCGCUCCGCGGGCAAGCCCGCAGGGGACCGGAAGGCGGGAGCUGCCGCGGGCGUAAAGUUCACCGAUUCGGACGGCGACGUCAUCGAAAUGGCCGUGAAGGACGACGACGUCGUCCAGUACGUCAACGGCAAGCUGGAGAUCCGCAGCAUGGAGUACUUCAACGUCGACAAGGAGGCGCGCCGCUACGACGACGAGAAGGGCGAGGGCUCGUUCCAGAAGGACGAGGACCUGGAGCUGCUCGAGAAGCGGACGAAGGCCCUCUUCGCCGACCGGGCAACACGGCGGAAGGCCGCCGCGCAGGAGGCCAGGCUGCGGUCCGAGCGCCAGGAGCGGGCCAACAAGAACUACACGAAGCCGAACAUCCUGCUCCUGGGCCCCACCGGCAGCGGCAAGACCUACCUGCUCCGCAACCUCGCCCAGCUCAUCGGGGUGCCGUUCGUGAAGGCCGACGCCACGAAGUUCACGGAGACCGGCUACGUGGGCCGGGACUCCGAAGACCUCAUGCGCGACCUCCUCACCGCCGCCGACGGGGACGUGGAGCUCGCUCAGGUCGGCAUCGUGUACGUAGAUGAGAUCGACAAGAUGAGCGCAGAGGGCGGCGGCGGUGUGUCCACGUUCCGGCGGGGCACGCAGAGCACCUUCCUGAAGCUCCUGGAGGACACGGAGGUCGCCAUCAGCCGCGGGCCGCCGCAGCUCCCGCAGCUCAUGAUGGAGACCGGCAGCACCACGGUCAGCACCCGCCACGUCCUGUUCGUGUUCUCGGGCGCCUUCAGUCAGCUCGACAAGAGCCUGCAGGAGAAGCAUCGGCAGGAGAACUCCGGCUUCGGCUUCGCCCGCGAGGCCGGCAGCGCGGACGCCCAGUGCGCGGAGGGCACGUCGUUCCUGCACAAGGCGGGCACCGAGGAGCUCGUGAAGGCCGGCUUGGAGCCCGAGUUCGUGGGCCGCAUCCCCGUGCGCGUGGCGCUCGGGACGCUGUCGGAGGACGACCUCUUCGCCAUCCUGAAGGAUGCCAAGGACGGGGCCGCCUCGCAGCUCGUGGACGACUUCCGACGGUACGGCAUCUCGCUCGAGUUCACCGACGACGCGUUCCGCGCCGUCGCCAAGCUGGCCUACAAGGAGGGCACGGGCGCGCGGGCCCUUGU